AUGGAUUUCAUUACCGGUUUGCCAAAGACACCCGAAGGAUUCGACACACUGCUGGCAAUGACAGACAAAUUCCCAAAGCAAAACGGAUUCGUUAUCAGCGAGUUCAAAGUGCCUUGGGUGGAUGAACACAGCAUCCCAUUUUCCCGGGAUACAGUCCGCCAUUUUGACCCCGAAUCUCACCUGCGAAUAUUGUUGGCCCAGCCUCUGAAAUAUAUGAAGGUAUGGAGUACUCCGUACGGUUUCCUCUCUACUUACAAGGAAACAAUAUUCCUUAGACAACGUCAUAACGGUGUGGAAUGGGUCGUCGAUUGCUCGCCAGUGAUAUUUGCAUCCGAUGCUUAUAUCAAAUCAAACCCGGCCGAUAUAUCGCCAACUGUGUCCCUAAGGGAAUGCUUCUUCCGUAUUUCCACUCUGGCAUUACCACAAAGAUCUGUCGACAACCAACUGAUGGCCUCGCAAUGGGUCGAUAUUUUGUGA